AUGGAUGCGCCAUUGAAGGACCGCAAAUCUUUUCUCGAUGAAUGCAUCGAGAAUAAUGUGGACUGCGAUCUCUGCGGAGGUUUUCUUUCACCACUAUCUCUCCGCAUUAGAAGCGAAUCUCAUCCCUGUCACGGAGUAUAUUGUGGUAGUUGUCUCACCAAUCACCUCAAACAUCACAACACCUGUCCGAUUCAUCCAGAUAUAGUCCUCUUUUACUUCGGUCGUGAGCCGGAGUUUAUGCCUGGUCAACGCGAGACCGCCAAUACGCUCGAUCGGAUCACAUCUGACGUCGAGGCUUCUCAAUUCGUCAUACAACUAUGGUGUGCAACUAGGCAGCUGUACGGCUACGAGCACAUCUUCGACUCCGACAUUCAAGAGAAGAUUAAAGAUACGCUAAGUGUGAUCUGCGAGGUCUUUGAUCACGAAUCUCCUUUGCUCAUAAAGGACGAGCAUAUGCCUGGUGUCGUGUCCAUCGCGAGAGAAAUGAUCGAAAUGAACUUCAAGUGUCAAAAUAACCCCAAUGAGGAGUGUGUAUUAGGACAGUGGCUACCGAAGAUAGACCAGGCUGUGGGAUGGGCACGGCGGACCUGAUUUGGCUCGGAGUAGUCAGCUGGUUACACGGUUGAGGUAUCGUUCGUAUCUCAUCAUGUCGAUGUAGGAG